CGCAGCCUUUCUCUCGGUAAGAACAACUUAUAUUCUUAAUCAUGUUUCUCCUUCUCAACCAGCCCUCAAAGCUACUAUGCUUCCGGAGGAAAAGACCUGUACUGGUGAGAUCCUCCAGUGGCUUCUCACCAACGUCGCUGCAAACCCCUGCUUGUAAUAUCACCGACGCUAUUCCUUGUGUAGACAGAGCGGAUCUAGGAAAACUCGUCAUUGCCAAUGCUAAUGAAACUAGUUGCACUUUUUUGGAAAAGAAGGUGCCAAUGGAGUUGGUGAAGAAUCCAAUGGUAACGAUCGGGUCAUCCCAUGGCUGGAUAGCUACAUUGAAGGAAGAUGGAAUACUGCGUCUCCAAGACGAUCUAAACCCACAUGCAUCGUAUACAGAACCAAAACACAUUCCACUGCCUCCUCUUGUAACUCUGCCUCAUUGCCAAACUCAGAUCGUCACCAAUGUGUCAAUGUCCUCAUCUUCUCCCGAGGAUGAGGACUGUGUUGUGGCUGUCAAGUUCUUGGGACCUCAGCUAAGCUUUUGCAGACCCGCUCAAAGUAACUCGGAGUGGAUCAACAUCAGAAUCGCAAACGCUUGCUUCCACUCCUCCCGUGUCAUGUUUUCGGAGAGGCAUGGUAAGUUUUGCAUACUCGGAUCUGGAGGCCAUAUCAUUGCAUCAUGGGAUCUCCUCCACACACACAAGCAAAAUCCCAAGUUCCAGAGGUUACGGUUCAAAAACCUUCCCAAGCUGACAAAGACCAAGCGGGAGCUUAUGGAUUCGUGCUACAAAAGCGAACACUUGGUGGAGUCAAGAACCACCGGUGAGACUUUCUUGGUUAAGUUGUACAGGAAGGCCGUGUGUAGAGGUAUGUCGAAAUUGAGAACAAAAGUUUUAAUGGUGUUCAGGCUAGAUGACAAAGGAAAUGCUGUAUACACUCAAGACAUCGGAGAUCUCUGCAUUAUCCUCGCAAAGUCUGAACCUUUUUGUAUCUCUAUUGGCUCCGGACCCCGCAUGUUCUACCCUAACCAUGUUGAUUUCCAGGAUGGUGGCGAAGCCGGAUAUUUCAAUCUUGCCAAAUCCACCAGCAUUUGUGCUAAUUGGGGAGCCUGGACCGGUCACUAUGUUCCACCUCAAAAUAUAGAAAAUAUAGUUUGAAAAUUUGAGUAUGAGUUUCAGUCAAGUCUGUCUUUUCUUUUUAAAUCUUGAAACA